AUGAAGAAAGACGAUGAAACGAACAUUUAUCGACCGUUUAAAAGUCCUUCUUCGAUAGUUUAUGGCUUACGACGGUACCAAAGCAAGCAAAAUUCCCACGACAUCAAAAUUUCUAGCGCUUCUACAGAUGCCUUUUCGAAUGCUGGAAUUUCAAAUUCUUGGCACAAUGCACAGGACAAAGCAAGUGUGGCUUAUUUCUUGGAUAAAGCAAGUAACGAAGUAACUUUGCCCAGGAAAUUCACUGCAGAUAAUUACACCUCCACUAGUAGUGUAGGACCUGGCUUCAAUGAAUACUUACCUAAAAACAUUUACGCUACUGCAUCUGCGUUCAGUACGCAACAAAACCGAAAAGUGACUGCGAGUGGUUAUGCACCGACUCGUUUUCUGGUUGCUGUCACCUGUACACCUCAUCCUUCUUGGCCUAAAACUUGUUUCGCAAAUAAUGCAAGCUAUUCUCUCUCGGCAGCUAACAAUUUACCUUCAACCAAAAUUAUCGCCCAGUCAACAUCUCGUUUGCAAUCUGUACCAUCCACAUCUGCUUUUUCUCGUUCAUCUAUGAAGAAGCGCCUCAGUCUCACAAAAUUAUCCUCAUUAUUCAAACGAAAUAGUUCAGGUGAUUCCUUGAAGUUGUCUGAUGCACUACCUCGUCGAUUUGAAAGUGAUGAAAUUAAAAAUAUUGCUUUUCCUAAAGAGAAACGUAGAAGCAUUGCUGCGGCAAACAGAUUUAUUCAGCAAAAGCUUCCCUUUUUGAAACAGAACGUUUUGCGAGAAUUUGCAAGAUGUAGUGAUAGAAAGUCAUCUCUGGAAACAUUCGGAAACAAAAGAUUCACCACCAACGAUCUGAGAGGCAAACUUGAUCCGCUCGUGAUCUGGUCUGUACCUGGGAAUAAAGAUAUAAAAAAUGCUCAGAAUAAAUCAUCAAAAGGCACCUCAUCAUCUCGUGACAAGCCACGCAUCCCAAAAUUUCUUAAAUCGUUUUGCUGCUGUAUACGACCAGAAACUACUUUAAAAGAUAAACGACGAACGCUUCAACCAGUUCCGUCAACUUCAACUCCACAAACCUUGAUUACUCAGAAGACUAAAAACUCACAAAAUGGAACGAAUUUAAACGGAACAAGUUUAAAUGGAAAUGAUUCUUAUGGAGCUAAUGAUCAUGACGAUGAUGUACAGUAUUCUCUGCAGCCUUCGGACAAUUUAUUGUUGCCACCUCUGCAUCCUAGUGAUGGUGAUAAGAAAUGCCUUAUAAUUGAUCUAGACGAAACAUUGGUUCAUUCUUCUUUUAAGCCCGUGAAAAAUCCGGACUUUAUAAUACCAGUUGAAAUCGAUAAUGUAAUUCACCAGGUGUAUGUAUUAAAGCGGCCUUAUGUUGAUGAAUUUUUGGAAAGAAUAGGAGACAAGUUUGAGUGUGUUUUGUUCACGGCUAGUCUUGCCAAAUAUGCUGAUCCUGUUGCUGAUUUUUUGGAUAAGAGAGGCGUAUUUCGCGCUCGAUUAUUUCGGGAAUCUUGUGUUUUUCAUAAGGGUAAUUACGUAAAGGAUUUGACAAGGCUUGGACGCGACUUGAAAAAAGUGAUUAUUGUAGAUAAUUCACCGGCUAGUUAUGCUUUUCAUCCUGACAAUGCAGUACCAGUACAGACGUGGUUUGAUGAUGCAAACGAUGUAGAACUCCUUGACAUAAUUCCUAUAUUAGAGCAGCUCGCUGAGGUAGAUAGCAUUUACACUGUGUUAAGAAACAGCAACGAUGAUUUUCGACAGACUAAUUCUUCAGGACAGAAUGAAACCAGUAGUAGGUCGUCUUGA